AUGCAUCAUCGAAGUGCGCACAGAGGACAUUUGCGGUCGGAAUAUGCCGGGGAGGGCCAGAUAAAAGAAGCCUUCUGGGGAUCCUCGAACUACCGCUUGAGUUAUGAUUCGAGACGACGUCUGCGCACAGCUGAAAUCGGCAGUACGCUCAACACACUGGUCUUUGACUACCAAAACCCCACUCUGUCCCACCUGCUAACCGAAAUUUCAGUCAGCGGAGUGGGAACUUACCGUCUGGUAUACAAACACGAUCCUCUUACCGGUGAAAACGGUCUUUCGCACAUCAUCACACCCCUAGGUUUAUAUCGAACCUUCUCCCUCUUCACCAGUCUCGGUGUAGAACGUCUAACUUUCUUUCCAUGGGCUCUGGAUGCUGGAUCCACCAAUGCUGCAGCUUUCACCUUUGACUGGGAGACUCGUAUUCCACCCUCUGCCGCCUUCCAUGGGUACCCUCUUGCCCGUUUUACUUGGCCUUCGGGUCGACGCGUCAAUCAUUUGUUGGCAAAGCGUCUUAUCGUCUACGACAAUGUUCAGAUCCACUGGGAUCGUGAAGAACUAACUGAUUCUACCUCUGUGAGCCUCCAGGAUGCAAUCAACGAGUUCCAGAUAGAUGAAAAGCGUCAGUUUAGUGCUGGAACACUGGUGACUUAUGUCAGAGGUGAUUUGAGUCUUGCCGGCACUCGAAGAGUAGAUUCUGCUGGUGGAAAACUCCUGGCGUAUAGUUAUGAAUAUGAGUAUGAUCAAAGUUUCUUGACCGCUUUUCUGUCGGUAAAAGAGUCAAAGCGCCAGGAAGUAAUAAUCAACGUCACCUUUGAGUACAGUGGAGAUGGCCUUCUACCAUCAGACAUGAGUUUGGAAACCAUUGAAGAUGUUCCAAUGCGUACUCACUACAGACGGGGUCCUGGAGGCCGUAUUGAAGGCAUAGACUGUGAGGUGAUUGGUUCCAGUCGUCGUCGUCACGUCCAAGUGGUUUACAACGAGGAAUCCAGGGUCUCUGACAUUCGCCACUAUAUUUCUGAUUCCCAGUUUGCCAAAGCAGGAAAUAGUGAGAGUAAACACAUCUCUACAAAAUUCGUCUACGAACGUGGUCUCCUUGCAGGAUUCGGAAACUGGAAGUAUGUCUUUGAUGAGAACGGUUGCCUUAUUGAACGUCGAUUGCGGGACUCUAGAAGCAUUGAGGAUCUAUUUGAAUACAAUAGCAAGGGUCUGCUUCGAUGGGUGGAGCGACGGGUUAUGCCUUCGUCGGCAGAUGAGGCCCAACUGAAGCAGAAGCAACAAUCUGUUUCAGAUGAUCCCCUUUGCAAUGGUCUUGAGAGCGCCUGCUACCAUCAGGAAAUAGGUCUCGUGAUGGACUAUGCCGUUCAGUUUCUCUACGACGCCGAAGACCGCCUAGUAGUGGUACGAAACACACUGGCAAUCAAUGAUAUGAUCCAAUUCUUCUACGCCCAUCCACAGCAUCGCAACCGCUUGACAUCUUUUUUCCAUCAUGGGAAAGGAAAGGCGUAUUUUCUGACGUAUGAGCAAAAAACUGGCCACCUAUUUGCCAUCGAAGAGGUGGAUCUGUCCGUCAUUGGUGAUUCGAAUUCCGAACGGAAGCUGUAUAUCGUUAUUACCGAUACAGAAGGUUCACCCAUUGCACUCUACGCCGACGAAAAGAUUCUCUGGACGGCUGAAUACAGUGCAACUGGAGGCCGACGUUUGGUAAAUGGUGGAUUUCUCAACGCCUCACUUUUGGACGAUUUUACUGUUCCUCUUGGAUACCGUGGCGCACUUAUGGAUCUACACACCGGAUUCCUGUUCCAUACACCCACCUGGCAAGCUUAUGAUCCCAUUGGGGCCACUUUGACAAGCCCCGACUGGCGUCGAGUUGCCACUUCCCGUCUCCAACGGCUCCACAGUCACCCACAAGCUCUAGAUCUUCACACUUGGUUCUCUGAAAGCAGUGAUUUGGAUCCGCUAGCCCGAUUGCAGCAAGCGAUGCAAGGUCCGGCUUGGUGGUUGCGCGGUCUUGAUAGUGGAAUUAACCGUCUCUUUUCACAUCUUCAAGUAGAAACUGGAGCCGUUUCAGCCUCAUCAAUGGAGGGAGAGUACAAUCACUUACCAACGAAGUGCAAUCAAGGCCUAGUAAUAACUUCUAGACGACUUCAACAAGCUAGACACAUCAACGAUCAAUUAGAACAACUUGGUAUUGUUGAUACGACAAGACUGGCAUCUAAUAAGGCCUUUGGAGCGUGGUUUGAUGCAGUCUGUCCAAUUGCUAGAAUUAAGACUACUCCUCCGGUUUUUGGUGUUAAUGUCAGUUUCUCUCUCUCCUCCGAUGGAACAAUAUCUGUUUCUCGAAGUGAAAACAACGUAUCUCUCAUCAGGAUUGCUAGGGUUCUUUUCUCCGGCGCAAAGCUGAUGGACUCUUGGUACCUUCCCAUACCUUCUCACGGUGGAAUGGCAGCUGUCACCUCCUUUGUUCAACUCUUUGUCAAAGUUGCACCAUCUCUGAACACUGAUCUGCAAACCCUACAACUUCAACGUUCCGCUCUUCUUUCCCAAACUCCAAUUCGUUUGGGAGGCAGUGUGUCACCACUUAGUGGAGUUAUGGUGAGUUUAGACAACUCUGCAGGUACUGAAUUACGCAUCAGCUCUGCAGUAUCGCCAGGAGUUGAAUGGCGGCUUCGAUAUGAAGAGAACUGGACAGUGGCAAGUGGACGGGUACUUCAGGAGGCCCGAAGUCGAGGUAUAGAUGGUGCUCAACGGCGAGCAGCCUUAAUAGCAGGUAACAGUGUUCGCGGACCACGAACCUCACCAAAACCUUGGCCUCCAUGGCUUUCUACUUCAGCAGAAAUGCGCCAAAUGGAAAGUGAGGGUGGCGUUGUAAAGGGAUUCGUCUGGAAGCCGGUUAUUCGAGAGCCCAAGAAGGCGGCAGUUCUCACUGAACUCCUGGACGAUCCUGCUAUGUACCAAUUGCGACCAGUGAAUGAGAAAUCUGUAUCAAAUGAGAAUUGA